AUGGGAACUGACCUCACACUGACCUGUACAACAACAACAAGUAAACCACCUGCUACAAUAUCAUGGUAUAGAGGCACAGAAAAACUCAGUGACAGUGACAAGGGUAUCAACAUUGGGAAUAUCGAAUACAGUGACGGUGAAUACAAUGGCGAGACAUCUGAACAACAAAUUACGAUAACAACAACAGCAAAAGACAACAAAGCAGAUUUCAAAUGUAUAGCACGGAAUCCAGACGUUGGUGGCGACGUAGACUCAAAUAGCAUAACUACCAAUGUGUAUUUUCCUCCCAGGUAUCCAAGUGGGUGUAGCACUCAGCUACAUGGUUACCCUGACAACACUGGUUACGUUGUAGCUGGCAACGCAUUGACCCUUACCUGUAUGUCAUGCAGCAGUAACCCGGAUGCAGAUGUACAGUGGUAUCACGGCACACAGGUUGUAACUUCGGGUCUCAGUGAUGUGUCGUAUCACGAUGGCGUGUACGAAGGACAGACUACCACGCAAAAUCUUACAAUACAAUUAUCAUAUCAUCACCAUAUGGAUAUAUUUAAUUGUGACGCAGGCAAUGUUUAUUUCGCUUCAAGAGAAUCAUCGAAUACAGUCAUACUCAAUGUGCGCU